UCCGUUUACGAGUACACACCUAUCGUGGCUGUAUAGUACAGCGUUCAACAUGUCUUCUAAAGGCAAACUGUUGUUUCGCUAUUUCAGCCUCAUUUUACUUUUGACAGCAGUGGCCGAGUCUUUACAAGGUCAAGCUCCUACCAUCUCAAGAAAAACAGCCAACUCAUUUCUGGAUCCUUGGAAAUACCCCGACCUGGCAGACGAAUGCGCCAUAGAAUGCUAUUGGGAGGAAGUUGCUGAAGUAGUAGGAAGAUCGAGUAGCAGAGUCAAAGAUUUCAUGCGUCAGCUUAUUUGCACUAUGAGUACAACCUGUCCAAACGGCCAAUACUGUGACGUAAAAGGGAGCUUUAGUCAUAUCAACCGUCUGCAGGCCACGUGUAAUGCUCAUGGUGGAUGGGGCAGCUGGGGAAGUUGGGGUGAAUGCUCUGAGAUUUGUGAACUGGGAACAAAAGUGAGGAUACGGGAGUGCAAUAACCCCAUCCCAUUGGGACAAGGAUCCUUCUGUAGAGGCUCGAAAACGGAUGAGACGUCAUGUCGACCAUGUGAUUUUGACAAAUGCCUAUCAAAUCCCUGUUUGAACGGAGGCACGUGUAUCCGGAUAGAGUCAAACUUCAUAUGUGAAUGUACCAAUGAAUACCAGGGAGCCACCUGUCAGGAUCGAAGUCCAUGCCACGGCCGGCCUUGUGAGAAUGGAGCCAUAUGUCGAUACAAUGAGACUACCUUCACAUGCCCGUGUACAUCCGGGUACUACGGCAAUCACUGUGAACAUGUUGACAGAUGCAUGUCCAAUCCCUGUUUGAACGGUUGCACGUGUACCCCGAUUAGGUCAACAUUCAUCUGUACCUGUCAACAAGGAGUUUCUAAUAUUUAA